AAUGUUUCAAAUAGAAACGUUCAUCUAGGAAAGAUUGAACAUCUUUGGGUGGCUAAUCUGAUAUAAAAUACCACUAUAAUAUUUCGUACUAACAAAAAAAGACGAACUUUCCAACACCCUCUACUUCCUUGAAAGGUUCGAGCUCUGUUCGUGCUAUCUCGGAUAUCUUGGGUUUGACUUGUGAAAGUCAAAAAUUAAUACUUAAAUAUUUGUGAGAUGUCAGCAGUAGAUGAUGUUUUAGAAAGUUGGGAAGAUAUAGAUGAUCCAGGGGUUCUUGAAAAAAAAUUGGAUGUUCUUCAGUUGGAUACUGUAGAAGCAAUAGAAGAAAUAGAAGCUCCUAAUUUCAAGACUACUACCAAUGAUAAUACCAAUAAUACAAGAAUGAUUAUUUUGGGCGAUGAUGGAGUAAGAUCUCAGUAUGUACCACCAAAGCCUACAGUUAAAAUAUUGAAAAGACCAACAAGAGAUUCUCAGGGUAGCGGGGAUGGUCCUAUGUUAAAUGAAGAAAAACCGAAACAACCAAUAAAAUCAUUGAAACAGAGGGAACAAGAGUAUGCGGAAGCAAGAAAAAGAAUAUUAGGAGAAGAAAAAAGUCCCGAGGAAAAAUUAAUUCAAGAAAUAAAUAAAAUUCAACCAAAGUUUUCAAUACCGGGAGGAAGUAGUUCUCUUCCUAAUAAUGUCACUCGUAUGCCUAUCGGUCCAGAUGGAACUCAGGGAUUUAAUGUACGCAGGUAGCAUGUCUUCCAGGGAUCAACCCUUAUCACCCAUCUUUUUACUCUCCUUCCUUCUUCUUGGCAUGGGAAAGAGAGGCGGCUAUGAGGCCGACAGCAGAGAACAGCUUUGUGUUCCUGACCAACUGCAAGAAUUUAACUCUAUUGGUCUUAAGCGUAACACAUCGAGAGCUGUGCCCUGCAGGUCAUUACAUAGAGAUCGCGCAAGUCGAUCCCCAAGAUUAUAUUCUAUCGGUGAAGACGCGUAACUUGUAACAGUGAUAAUAAUCAUUAUGGGAAAUUAAUAUUAUGAUUUGUUAAUGUUUGCUAUAUUUUAAGGAUUACUAUUUGGAAAGAAAUAAGAAAAAAAAACAAACGGGAAGCAAAGAAAAGAUUUUUAAAAAGACUCAAGAAAAAGUAACAA